GCUAUUCCCGUAAUCGGAAAUUACAAGGAUGGCCGAGAAGAAAUCAGAACUACACUUAAAUGGUACGAACGAGAUUGCAACGAGACAUAAAAAUUAUGCGGCUCCAGUCAGGUUAUGGAGAAAAUUGCAAAUAAAUGAGUGGACUUUCAUUUUUCUACUCUUCAUAAUGUCAUUAACCAUCUUUUUGGGAAAAUUGUACAUCAAUUAUGGGAAUAUUUUGCAGCUACAAAGUAAUUCUAAGUCAAUAGUACCAUCGGCAUCUAUAUUUUCAAACAUCUACAAUAUAUUUGAUCUAUCUGACACACCGAGUAUAUCAAAGUUCAAUGUGAAUCAAUUAACAGCUAUGAGUGAAAAGUUUGUUAACAUCAGUCAAUACGAUGAUGUUGUAAAUGUAACAAUGUUACUUUUUAAAACAUAUGGAUGGCUAAUAAAAGCUGCAACAAGUGGUCUCAUAGUGAUGAGUUUUACUUGGUUUAUAAUUUACAAAGAUAGCAGUAUUCCUGGAAUCAAUCCACCUUUUCCCUUUAGCCUUUCUAAGCAAAGAUUUGCAAGGGCAUCAGGAUUACAAAUAAAUUAUUUAGUUGGAAUAUUAAAUGGGAUAUUAAUUUUCAUCUACAUGUGUCUUUAA